AAGUCGUUGACUGAUCGUCAUCGGUCCGUCUCUCCCUUUUCCCUCGAACCCUCUUCUGUUUUGUUGUGUUGUGUGCGAGAUAUACUUAUUUUACGGAUAAGCAUACUUUCAAGUAUAUACCGUGCACCACAUACAUGUAUAUAUAAAAGAGGGGUUGUUGUUUGUGUUUGGGGGAGAUCAAUGUUGUUGACUUAUUGGCUUGCAUCCGUGCGGUAUAGCAGCGUGUCAGCCCUAUCGUAUGUGUAUGCUUCUCGCGUAUACGCACACCGCGUAUAUUUAUCAGAAAACGUUUGAAUACGAUAAUUAGAUAACCUGCCUAUUCUUCAUGUCUUCUCGUUCAUUGUGAUCGUAAUUAAAAAAAAAACUCACAAGCUUGGUCAAAAUAUACGGACAUGUGACGGAAUUAAGCACUCAUCAAAGUCCUACGUGUGGGGGUGUGUGUGUGUGCGUGUGUAGUUAGGCUCGUCAGGCAUCGGCAAAGCGACACCGGUGCGUGUGCGUCUUACCUGCGACAUGGAUCUCCUUCUCGGGGUACGUGCAGUGCGCGAGGAGUCAUCGUCGUGCCUUGGCUCGCCCGAAGACGGCUGACUCCGUAUUUUUGGAGCUAUGGUUUGGAGCAAUCAUAGAAAACUACCACAUCAAGAAUGAGAAGAUAGAGUUUAACUGCUGAUGGUUAUUGGACGACGGUUCCUUUUAUUUUUUAUUUUUUUUUAUAUUUUUUUUUAUUCAGAAAUCGUCCAACAGCACGUCGUUGGUGCUAAUUUUUAUAUACGUCGGUAAUUAUAUAAAACACCCAAGUGUGCUUUCGUCCUGGAGAUAUACCCCAUAUACAGUACCUCGUAUAUAGUACCGCUGUAGAGCUAACACUUGAAUUGUCCUCGUCGUCUGCUGUGUGUGCCUCUGUACAUUAUAUAGCAGCAGCAAUGAUGCCAGCAGUACCACCGACUGUUUGUUCCAUAGUACAGAGGAUCAGUGAAUAAGGUGGUGUAGGAGGACACCAGCUGCAGGAUAACCCGGAGCGAAGUAUACCGGUGAUAAUGUCGGGAGGGCCGGGCUCCGGUGCGAGGGGCACCGGCGCCGAGUGUCGCAAGUUCGCGCCCAACAUCUUCAACAAAAGCAAGUGUAGCAGCUGUUUCAAGCAGAAGGAGGAACACAGUGCCGAGGCUCUCGAGAGCAACAGGGCCACUCGAAAGAUCUCCAAGUGCGGAUAUUUGUUUGUGGCGCCAGGAUGGGACUUUUCAAACCCAUUGAACCGAACAAAGAGGUGGCAACGACGGUGGUUCGUUCUGUACGACGACGGCGAGCUGACGUACUCCGUGGACGAACAUCCGGAAACGGUACCACAGGCGAGGAUCGACAUGACCCGUGUCCUCGAGGUCGCAGCCGCGGAAGACGUAACCGGCCACCCCUACAGCCUCGCCAUCACUUCUCCCGAGGGUGUCACUUUCAUCAAGGGCACCUGCCGAGAGGAGGCGAGAUGGUGGGCAGACGUGCUUCAAGUCUACUCGAGAAACAAGGGCCGGCACAAGCGAAACGCCACCUUUCCAGGUGGUCAGACAACGAUACUCCAAAUCACACCGACGGUGCGAAGCAACACACCGAAUCCCUCGAGGCCGCGGUUCAACAGUUGCCGCUCGGAGCCGCGAGGAUCGAGCACCUCGUGGAUACCCGAAGCGACGAGCAGCCUCUGCAAUUCUGCGUUCUCGUCGCUGAGCGAUUCUCUAGCCUCGUCGCCGUCAAUAACAACAACGACCGCCAAACCAACGGCAACUACCCCGCAAAAUUCCACGACGAACGGCCUCGCGACUACCUACACUGGACACAACAACAAGGAGAACGUUUCGUGCGACCAGCUCGCCGUCAAGGACUCCAGUGUUAACAAUAACAACAACAUCAACUCGUCUCCCCUCAGGAACGGCACCGGCGUGCACGCGUACGCGACGUCGUCCAUCACCAUCAACGGCACGAUGCCCCCCAUCGCAGCUGUCUCGUCGUCACCUGCGUGUGCAACCCCAGCGACGACGAGUUUGGCCGGCAGCGUGUGCUCGGAAAAGCCACCGAUCUGCAAGAGCUCGAGCUGCGCCGAGAGUGCCAGAUCAUACAAGGACCAGCCGGCGAGCAGUGCGUCACCACCCACGAGGGAUAAGCUCAGAGCCGAAGAUAAGGCGCGCAGGCGGGUGCUCGGCCAACAGCAGCAGCAGCAGCAACCACCGUUGGAUCGCACAGUGUCGGCGCCCCUCGAGACCAUCAACAAAUUAGACGAUGAGGCGUGCAGGAGGAUCCUCCUGGACCACGAGAGAGAACGAGAGGGUAAGCUGCGCGACAUCGCGGCCUCGCUCACGCAGCCCAGGGUCAGGCGCAACAAGCCGAGAGCCUCCGAGCCCACGCGAGACGUCGUGGACACCGCGGCCGUCACGCAUCAGGAUAAGCUCAUCAGGGGAGAUCCGGACGGCUGCGUGCUCGACAUAUCGGGCAACAGGUACUCUCCGACUUGCGAGCUGAGGGUCGAUCUGCCAGCCGAGGAUUUGUUGAACAUAAAAAAGGGCUGGCUGAUGAAGCAAGGGGCUAACAAGGAGUGGAACAAACACUGGUUCGUCCUGCGUGGCUGUGGCCUCAUGUACUAUCGAGAUCCCAGCGCCGAGGACAAGGGGAUCAUGGACGGGGUUAUCGACUUGAACACCGUCACUGCUGUCACGUCGGUCCAAGUGGCUCGGAAUUACGGUUUUCAAACGAUAACUUGGGACGAUAGAGGUACAACUGUUCUCUCGGCAGUAACUGCUGGCAUAAGGGCUAACUGGAUGUCGGCCAUCAGAAAGGCUGCCAAUUUGCCGGAUCCUGACAAUAAUCCGCUCGAUUCGCACACGAAUUGUCAGGAGAGACAGGAGGAAAUGAGUAUUCAGUCUCCCACGGCAUCGAUCGAGGAACACGAAAGGGACUUUAUUGCAACGUCGACGGGACUGACGGGUCUGACGGGGCGUUCGGUCCUUUUUUCGUCGGACGAGGAGUAUCGCACGGCAUCGGAGGGCGGUCGGCGCGAGUCUGGCGACUGGUCCGAAGUGGCGAGUUCACCGCCCCUGACGAACAACGUCGUCAACGGUGAAUGGGGCACGUCCACGCCGAAAACCUCGUCGUCGAAGCACGAGUGGUCGGACUUGCCGCCCUCGCCGCCUCUCACCAGAACAGCUCUAUCGAGGGUAAAGGCGAGGUCGCGCUCGAGCUCGAGAUCGCGCGUCUACAAACGAAGCCGCAGCUCGCCACCAAGUUCCAGGCGCAGUACCCUCGACAGCGUGCAGUCCGAGGAUUUGGAGAUGGCUUGCUGUGAGCUCGGGCUCAACAAGGACAUGGGACAGAGCAGCAGCCAGAUUUCCAUCAACGACUGCAGGAUAUCGUCUUCUGGUAACGGUUCGGACAACCCGCACCUAAUAGUCGAGUUGCUGGAGGAUAAGUUGAGCACGUUUAGAGACCAGUCGAUACUGGACCACAACAACAAGGGCAGUGGCAGCAGCGUCACAGGCAACAAGAGCUCCGUUAGCAGCAGCACUGUAGUUAACAGUAACGGCAGCCAGACCCAGUCUAACUCUUUGCUAGUCAUCGUCGAGCGCCAGGAGAGCGAGAUCAAGGGACUAAAGUCACAACUGAACGUGGCGCGCAACGAGCUAGCCAGCGCUCACUCGGAGCUCUUGAGGCUCGGCCAGCAAAAGACCGAGACCGAGAAACAACUCGAGCAGGUGUUGGGCAACGUCCAGCGCAACGAACAGCAGCGCAACAAACAACAGCUUGACGAACUGGACAAAAUGAAGAAACUCUACAGUCGAGACAAGGAGCUGCUUGAGCGCAAGCUUCUCGAGACCGAAGCCAUACUGCGUGAAACGAGCGAGAGGUGUCAAAUGCUUACAAAUCAGCUGGAAUCUAGUCACACAACCGUCGAGCAUUUGCAAGCUGAAGUCACGACUCUUACCGACAGAUUAUCGCAAGGUAUCGAGGAGAACGAACGACUCUACGCUCGGGUAAGGGAAUUGGAGGGUAAAAAUGGUCUUUCGUCGUCGAGAGAACGGGGCCGAAGUUACGAUUCGCUGAGCGAUCUGACCAAUAUUGAUCUAGACUUGGAUUUGAAUGCGUUUGAUAAAGAACGCAUUAUGGAAGAAUACGACGAACUGAGGAGUCGUUUCGAAAAAGCAGUUCUCGAGAUUCGUGCCAUGCGCAAAGAGUUGCGCGAGGCGCACGCCACGCAAGACGUCCUCGAGCUCGAGAUAUUUGCCCAUAAACAAGAAUCGACGCAAACCAACGAGUCUAAUCAAGCCCAAGUUCAACUGAUGGCCGCAAAGAUCCAGGAUCUGACGAACAAGCUGGCAGGCAGCGAGAAGCAGGUGCGAAUGUUAAAGCAAAAAUUGACAAAGGCGGAGAGUCGAGAUAAGCGGAGGUCGCUCUCGCUCAAGGGCCGGGAGUCCUUCCAAAUAUCUCAAGAAGUCGAAGACAAGCUGGUGGACCUCGAGAAGAAGAUAAGUGCGCUCGAGCGGGGCAAGGGCGCCCGAUCAGUGGUUGCGCCUGAAACCACUUCCAAAGAGUCGAGUUCUUCCACAAAGAAGGAGCGUACCAAGAAGGAGAACCGUAGCUUAGACAGAAGUAGAGUGCGAAGGAAAUCGUUAGAUAGUGCUACGAGCUCGGAACCAAUGAAAGUCCUGAUCCGACUGAGCACGUUGGAAUCCAAGGUAGCUAACGUAACGGCGGAAACCACGGCCAGCGACGCCGAGAAGGAUUCCAGCGAGUGCAGUGAGAUCAGCGGUGCGUCCUCGAUGUCUCGCAACGACGUCUCCGCCGAAGUCGUACUUCGAUUGAGGAGGCUCGAGCACGCGGUGGCCAAGUCAAAAAGGCGAUUGGACAGCUACCUGGGCUCCACACGUGCCGAGGAGAAGGCGCACAAGUGUCUGCUGGCGGUCAACGAGAUCCUGGACGCGUGCGUGGAGCAUCAACGCAAGAAGAACGAUGCUAGCUGUCAAAUCACAGAGUCAGUAGGCGUAGUUGUGACUAAACUAGAAGCUAUUCUUAGUAAUAAAAUGCACGAGUUGGUGAAUCGACGUCGGCAACUCUCCGAAGCCGGCCAACUCGAUGACAAAGAGAAAAUUAAACUGGCAGCGGAAAGGCUGGCCUUUGAGUCUGUCAUUCUGAGACAGAUCAAGUGUGCAAUGAACGGAACGUUGGAGCGCGGCGCAGUUUUGAGUGAAUUGGUCGAAACUAGUCAGCUUAUUUCAAGCUUAAAACUUAAGGUUAAUGGAACUAAGCCCAAAACGUACCAAAACACAAGCUAUAUUCAAUAUCUAACUAAGGUGUUAGCUACUAAAUUAGUACUUAUAGGGGGCGUACCGAAGACAAAGGAGCGUUCGACGGAAAUUUCGGCGGCGCGAGCCGAAGCCCUGAAUUUCUUGCUGCAGAGGCAGAAGGAGGUCAAUCAGAUCGUCGAUAAUUACAAAAACGACAAGCUCAAGCGUCUAGCUGAGGCACUGGCUGCCGAAACCUGUAGCAUGUCCGAGCCGGAAGAAAUCAAUAAGCAAGUAGCUCUGGCCACGAACAAACUGGUCGAAGACAAGAGGAUCCGGGAGGCGUGGAUCAUCGCACAAGAGACCGUCAAUAAGGAAUUGGUUCAGGUCGAGGUGUCCCACUUCAUCAUGAGGUGUGGUCAGAUUUACGAACAAAAUGUCUCGUCCGUUGCGGAUAGCUGUUUGAGUUUUGACGCCGCGCAGAUCGUCGAUUUUGAAUCCUGGGCGGAUAAAGCUCAAACGAUUCUGCGUCAGGAGAUGGAGAACACCAUCCAUUACUUGGUAGAGGAGUACGAGAAAACCUUACAUCAGCUGAAGAAAAGCAAGUGCAACGUAGAAUCUCAGUACGACUCGAAGCAGUUGCUGUCGGAUUAUACUGACGUGAUUGCGCAAAAGGCCUUGAUAGAUGCCAGAAUUAGCGUGCUGCAGGAGAGUGCGAGGACCAAGACAGCUUUCACCGGACAGUCCUUCGUAUCUAGUCUAAUUCGGCAUGAAGACCUUCUGUCCAGUUUACUUGCCGAGGAUUACACCUUUGAGAACAAUGCCAUCCACGAUGCGGAAUUCAUCCACCUCUACCAGCAAUUUACGAACGAGUGCGACGACAAAAUCUCCAAUAGGCAACAGUCUCAAGAGCAGAUCAAGAACGUGGCUCAGGUUCUGGCUGACGUGAGCAGUGGUAUCGAUGGCCUGAAGCAAUGCGUGAAGGACAAGAUGCGCGAUAAAAUCGACAUCCUCAAGCGUCCUCAAACUGCAUCGGCAAGCGACUGGGUGGGCGUGUGCGAAAAGUGCAAGGAGAUUCGCGAGGAAAUAAAACGAAUCUCCGAUAACGUGAGAAGUGCCUCGUGCAAGCAGUGCGAGCAGCUACAAGACAAAAUAACGUGGCUCUCGGCCGAGCACGCCAAGGAGCUCGAACAGCUUAAAAAGACGCACGAGCAAGACCUGAUCGAUAUCAAGGGUAAGUGGGACAACGAGCGCAACAGCCUCAAGACGCAGUUCGAGCACGAGGCAGCUUCCCUGCGCGAGAGAGCCCGGAAACUGGAGCAUCGACUGAACGCCAUGGACUCGGAGUACUCGGCCCACGUGAACGAGCUGCGGGCCGCUUAUCAGCGAUCGAUCAGCACCGAGCUAGAUACCGAUGCCGAGACACGCAAGCGAUACAAGGACGAGAUCAAGCAGCUGCGCGCCUUGUGCGAGAAGGGCUUGCUGGCUAUGGAAAAUUCGCACAGGAGAAUCAUUGCCGAGCUGGAGGAAAAGCACCGUCAAGAGUUGGAGAACUUGAGGAUCGAAAAAGAGCAGGCUCUCUCGGAGGAGACUCAGGCUACUCUAGCUGCCCUGGAUGCUAUGAGAAAGGCACACGAGCACGAGGUACAGAAAGAAAUCGCCAAGUUCAAACAAGAGUUUAUCAAGCAAGUACAAGCUCGCGAGGAUAUUGGUAUACUUCACAAAGAGCACGAAGAGGAAAUGGAAGAGAUUAAACAAGAAAUCCUUUCGCUGUCCGCCAAAUAUUCUCAAAAGUGCGUGGAGUCGGCUGCUCUGGAGGAAAAAGUCGGAGCACUGACGAAACAAGUAGCUCAAGCUCAACAACACAUUAUGCAAUUGGAUGCUAGAAAUAAACAGUUGCGUGCACAUUUGGUAUUAGAGACGAACGACACUGCUUUCAACGACACGAUACAGCUACUAAGAGGUAGAGACAGCGAAAUAGCCGAGCAACGAGAAGAAAUACAUCGUUUGCAACAACAAUUAAAGGUGACCCAACAACGGCGCGAGUCGGCAAGCGUGACGUAUGACAUCACUAGGCGCAUCAGUAAAGUCAAAGGCAGUAGUAGCAGCAACACCAGUUACCGGAGGCACACAGCCUCUGUACCGACGCACGUCACACAUACCGUCUCACCUCGGAACCCCCAGCUCUCUCCAUUGCAGAGCUGAUGUGGUCUCCCAAAGUGAGGUGAUCAGGAUCUGCAUUAAAUUAACCACCGUCUCCUCUGCCCCUCACUCCUAUAGCAGUGGGUAUAGUUGUUUAGAGGAAAACAACAUUUGGACUUUCUACUUUUCUUGGUUGGCUUGUAAGCAAUUUAAAAACCAGUUUAAAACCACAGCUAUGGAUGAGACGAGAAUGUUAAAAAUUACCGAUCAAGUCUUUGUUCAAAUCCUUUCAGUCCUGAAUAGAGAAACGUAAAAGUGUUGACAAAUUAAAUGUUAUUUAAAUACUUUUUUUGAGUAUUUAAAAAUGUUAAUUUUUUUAAUGUACAAGAUAGAUCGUGUCUGUUGAAUCGUGAAAAUUUUAAUUGUCUUUUUAAAAUUAUUGCAAACAAUAAUUUUAAAUUACAUCUUUAGAUAGGUUUGUUGAGUUAAUAUACGUGCUACUAAGUGUAAUCCUCAUUGACGUUGAAGAAUACUAAAUUUACCGUGUAAGUAAUAACAAGCAAAGUUGUGACUGAAAGGGUUUAUAAAUGUUACUCGUUUUUUGCAAUAUGUACGAUAAGGCCAAUUCGAAAUUUCAGUAGAUUGCUAUAAUAUAUCAUGUUAUAAAGAAAAAGAAGAAACAAUUGAGUAUAAUCAUUGUACAAUCACAAUUAUCAAGAGUUUAUUAUGCUUACGUUUAAUAAUCGUGUGAACUUGAUCCAAUAUAUUUGAAAAACAACAAAUUUUAAAUAAAAUGUUGAGUUUAUAUUGGAAU